AUGGUCGGUAUGGAUAUCCCCGGAGCGACGCGGGCCGCCAGCAACGAGUGGGAGGCGGACCAGCUCGCCAGGCCCUUCCUGAAGGCGGCGGAGGAUGGCGACGCGGCCGCAAUCAGCCGGCUGCUGCGCCAGGGCGCGGACAUCAACGUGAAGGAGGAGCCCAACCAGAGCCAGCGCUACUCGAUCGGCUGGACGGCCGGCAAGACUGCGCUGGUCAAGGCGGCGCAGCAGGGCCACAUUGAGUGCGUGCGCGUGCUGGUGGCGUCAGAGGCAGACCUGGAGGCGCGAGACGACGACUACUGGACCGCCCUGCACUGGGCCGCCAACAACGGCCACGCUGCUGCGGCCAAGCUGCUGCUGGACGCGGGCGCCAAGGCCAACCCAAAGGACCACGAGAAGCGCACCCCCCUGACAUACGCCGCUAUCAGGGGCUACCCCGAGGUCGUGCAGCUGCUGCUGGAGAAGGGCGCCCACGCGGCCGGCGUCGACCGCUUCGGCAAGAGCGCCCUGUCACUCGCGAUCGAGCACGGAAACAGCGCCGCUGCGCGCCUGCUGCAGGAGCACGCGGAGCGCAGCAUGCACGGCCGCGUGUCGCCGCCGUGCGACCCCGAGGUGGUGCGUGAGCUGCAGUGCGAGAGGGACGAGGCGCGCGCCAGGGCGGUGGAGCUGGAGGAGCGCUGCAGGGCGGUGGAGGCUGAGCUGGCCGCGCUCAAGGCGGGGACAAGCUGUGUGUGA